CAUGGGGACGAUGAUGCUGACGAUACUGACUGGGGUGGCAUUGCUGUCGGGUUCGGUGCUUGCGCAACACAAUCAGAAAGGUUCCUAUGUGCAGUCACAAAACGACGAUUUUCAAGCUGAAGAAAGUGUAACAGCAAGUGAAGUGGAAUACGUGAAUGGUCCGCUUGCUCCUCUCUAUGACUUCCUCAUACAAAAACGCUUACAGCAGUUCUGCAAAUUACUUAGGGAUGCAAAAUUGGAGCAAAUUAUUCAAGACUUGGGCGGUUCAUGGACGCUGUUCGCCCCCACGGACGCUUCUUUCAUCUUCCUCCCAGGUGGAACUCUGGAGGAGUUGCAAAGGAACCCCGAGACGCUGCGAGAUUUCAUCUUGUACCAUUUCGUGGCGAGCGAUCUGCCUUCGUCGCAGAUACAAAAUGAAUUGCUCGUCAAUUCAGUGCAAGGAUCUCCCCUCAGGUUCAAUAUCUACGACCAGGUUUUGACAGUGUCGGGAGCUCAGAUCGUGGAGCCCGAUCUGCAGUUUGAACUAGGUCGUAUUCACAUCAUCGACCAUCCCCUGUAUCCCAUCCCUACGACGGACAUCGUCAGUUAUCUCCAACAGAAUUACAGAGAAAUAUACAGGCUUCUCUUAGAUACAGGCUUGACUGAUUAUAUUUCCAGUGGUACUUUUACUUUCCUGGUCCCGGAUGACGAAGCGUUCAAUUUUCUCACUAUUGAGCUGAAGGAGGCUCUGGCUUCAAAUGCAAGUCUUGCGGAGAGAAUCUUGUUCAACCACAUUCUACAUGGUAGUGUAUUUGUUGGCGGAAUAACCGAUGGAAUGACAUGGGAAACUAUUGGAGGACAUGUGAUUACCUUUACAAUCAGAAGAGGCUUAACAUUUGCAAAUGGAAUUCCUAUAAUACUUUCGGACGUUCCCCUUACGAAUGGUGUGAUUCAUGUUCUGAACAGGGUGAUACUUCCUGAAGGAAUCGAAGCCGAUUGUCAGUGCAAACCCUCCACUGAGUCUUCACAAAAUCAACCAAAAGAUGUUCAUGGGAGAUUCGCGCAGACUCAAAGACCACCUUUCAGCCAAACAACUACUACACGAAAACCUGUCGGGUCAUUUCAAAGACAAACACAAAAACCGUUUGUACGGCCACCUGCAAGAACUGUUGAUCGUACAAUAAGUUCCCAAACUUCACCUCCGUUCACACCUCAAAGACAAAACCAGCUAGCUCCUGGACGAACGCCUUUUGUUCCAUCUAGAACACGGCAACCUCCAUCUGCAUUUAAUCAAAUCACACAACCUCCUUAUCAAGAUCCAGCUAAUCAAGUUCAACCAGAAGAUGACGUAAAUGCUGUUUUUGGACCUGGUGAACAAACUCUUGCUCCUCAGAAGAGACCAACCACAAGAUUUGUACCAAGACCAACGCAACCUCCUCAUCAUAGUAGAUUUUCCACGCCUGCCAUUGUAAGCAACAAUGAGCCUGGUGCACAUGACAUUGACACAAACCAACCAGGAAUAGAUCACCCUCCUAGACAGGUAAACAGAUGGUCUAAUCGUCAACCAACUCCACCGCCUAGAUAUCCGACUCCUGGCCGAAGUCCAUAUCGAACGCAAGCUACAACGAGAUCUCAACACACAACCAGAUCGUGGGGGAAUGCUAUUGUCACUCAACCGUCAUUUGCUCCACAACCUGGGUCAGACGUAAAUAUCGACACAUUACAUACCACUGAAAGCCCAAACCAAUUUCGUACUGAUGCUCCAAGGGAUAGAACAACUAACUGGCAACAACGUAAACAAGUUACUGUCGCUCCAAGGUCGCCAGCACAACAAGUAACUACGCAGCGUCCAGCUAGAGUACCCCCACCACAAAGAAGGCCACUCCAGCCAAGACCAACAGUUCGUCCUACUUCAUCCUCAACAAAUGCACCAUUUGAAUCAAAUCGGCAGAGACCGUCUUGCCGUUUGCAAACAGAUAGAGUGACUCAUAUAAAUCAGCAUCUCCCGUUAUGUUCUGAUGAGCCAACGGAAGAAUGCCAGCCUUCCCCUUUCAACCCUGCAGAUCCAAGACCUUUAUGCCCGAUUGAAAUGUCUACCACUGAUUGCCGUUCACAUGAGCGGUUCAGUCCGUCUGAUAAUAGACCUUUAUGUCCAAAUCUUGUAGGUCAAAAUGCUCAAAACUGUCGAGUUCUGGGCAACCCUACAUAUGUUGGUGAUCGAAGACCAAUUUGUCCACCUUCUACUACGGUGCAACAAGGAUGUCGUGAUGCAUCAGAACCGUUUAAUCCUUUAGAUAAUAGGCCUUUGUGCAGUACAUCUGGAACUGAAGAUGUAUUUCAGCCUCCAAACGUGGAUAACGUUCCUACACAGCAAUGUAGACGUUCCAAUGAUCCAACAUAUCCUCAAGACACUAGACCUCUCUGCCCAGAAGAGCCCCAACAAGACUGCCGGCCAUUCUUAGAGCGACCUAAACCUGGGGAUAGACGUCCAGUGUGUCAAGUUAACAGGCAGCAACCUCCACAAAGACAGAAACCUGUCAACCCAACAAAAGACACUACUAAACCCACAAAAGUAAAUCAAUCUCCAAGGCAGAAUACUUAUCCUCCAAGAGGAAGGUAUCCUACUUCUCAGACAACUCAAAGGCAAUCUUGGCAAACCACAACUCAAACCCCACAAAGUCAGUUUAGUACAGAAAUUACGACAAAUAAACCUCCAUUAGGCAAACAACCUCAAAGAGGUACAUCUACGAGACCUACAGCCUUUCAGCCAUCAAAUCGCCCUUUCCAGUCACGACCACAGCCUGGAUUGCGACAGCCACAGCCGCCUCCUAGACUUAAUCCAACAACGCCCCAAACUGGAACUUUUCAAAACCAGCCUCAAUCUGGGUUUCAGCCUCAAACUGGGGCUCAUACACCGCAGCAUUCACCUGGAUCACAACCGAUUCUUCCACAAUCCGAUCCCUACCCUGCUGCACCACAAAGUGGUGUAAAUCCUUCUGAACAACAACAACCUCCUAGCUCAAACCAACCUCAGUCUCAAUAUCCACCACGACCUACAUCAAGUCCUGGGCAAUGGACUAGACCUCGGGUAACUUUAAAUCCUCGCCGACCUGAACCACCUAUUUCACAACCGCAAUCAGGAUUAGUCAGACCACCAGUAUCUCCCCUAGCCCCACCAUCAGGGACGUAUCCUUCUUCAGAAGAAUGCGUACGGUGUCCUAAUCAACAAGGUGGACCAGUUGGUUCCCCAGGUUUCCAAUUAAGAGGUCAAAACACACCUUCAAACAGAUCACCUGUUCAAGGUCAAGCUACCCCAACUCGCGGGUCAACUGCUCCCCAAGUGCCUAUUUCUGUAACAGGGACAUCUACAACGCCAGGAGAAGAUUCAAGAAGAACUCUUUAUGAAAUUGUCGAAGAUCCAGCUUUACUAAUUAGAAAUCACCCUGUCAAGUUAUCGAAAAUAUUUUCACUGUUUCACAAAGCUGGAAUCGAAGACCUUCUAACUGGACCAGGCCCGACUACCGUAUUCUUGCCUUCAGACGAUGCUUUUGCAUCAUUGCCACGUGGCGUAAUUGACCAAUUAGAAGAAAACCCAGAGCAGCUAAGGAAAGUUCUCCUUUAUCAUGUGGUUAAUGCCGAUGUCCUGCCCAGUUCUGGUGGAGAGAGUUACACUUUGCCAUCCUUGGAAGGAACCCAGCUGUUGAUCACGAUGCUUAACGGCGGCAGGCUCAUCUUGAUUAGCGGCGCAAAGGCUAUUGCUGUGACGAGAGCUAGCAAUGGUAUCUUCUACGUCAUCAAUCAACUUUUGUAUCCUCUGCCUCAUGAAAACAUUAUUGGUGCAGUACAGUCGAGACCGGAUUUGACUACCUUAGCUUGGCUGCUUCCUCAGAGUGGUUUACAAGAUCUUCUUCAAGGACAAACUCCAUAUACAAUUUUAGCGCCGACAGACACUGCUUUUGCUCAGCUGAGUCCAACGGCAUACGAAGAAAUUACAAGGAAUACUACUGCUUUACAAGAAAUAUUACUCAAUCAUGUCAUAGAGGGGGCUCAUUAUGGACGAGAAUUUCUAACUGGUGCAACUUUCCCCAGCGCUCGAGGUGGAAAGCUGAAAUUCCAAGUCGUUAGUUAUGGUUAUCAAGUGAACGACAUCAACAUCAAGACCCCUGAAAUUGUCACUGGAACAGGCGUCAUUCAUCUGAUCGAUCAAGUGAUAUUGGAACCACGGGAUUUACAAUUCUUCAUAAACAUUGAAAAUGCAGUUGCCGGGCAAGACAGUCCAACUGAUAGCAUUAUCCAACAACCACCAACAGCUAAUCCACGAACAGGAAACCGACCAGCGUCAGUUCAACCACAAGUGGGUGGUUUGCAACCACCUGGUGCACAAGUAUCAGUCGGUGGACGGAGACCCACAACUGGUGGAUCAACUACCUCAGGACAGCGUCCAGUACCAGGUCAAAAUCCUACUCACGGCCAACGACAGCAAUCUGGGCAGAGCCAACCUCAAGCAUCACCUCCCGGUCACGGGCAACGGCAGUCUUUCACGCAGCCUGGACAGCAACAGAACGUGAACCAGCGCGGUCCUGGAGUCGGGCAACAGCAACCGUUCUCUGGAGGAAGGAGGCAGCAGCAACCUUCUCGAGGUCAACUUAAUGGUCCGUCCCAGACUCAGGCUGGAGGACAACCCAAUGAUGUUGCAGAACUUGCGAGGUCGAUGGGAUUGAACCAUUUUGCGAACUGGAUUUCCAACACAGGACUGCUGGAAAAAGUUCAUGAUGGAGGUGUCUAUACAGUUUUUGCUCCUACUGACGAUGCUGUCAAUGCUCUACCCCAGGAGAUGUCUUACUCUAUUGAUUCGAAUCCAAACCAGAUGAAAUCCGUGCUUCAGUACCACAUCAUCCCUCAAAGGAUCAAUUUGAACUCUCUUAGCAACGAAGAAACUGCUUCUACGCUGCUUCAAGGGAAAAAGAUCCGUUUCAAUGUGUACGGAAACGGACAACCUAAUUGCAGACAGAUGGUGACUGCUUCGGGCACACCUAUUGAUGGAUCUUUGGCUACCAUGGGAUCAGUGCAGCUCAUUCCUGUCACCCAAGUUCUUUAUCAACCUGCUGGAAACGUGUUGACGAUUAUCGACUCUUCCCCGAUUCUCACAAAUCUUUCUAGCGCUGUGAAAAACGCUCGCCUUUCUUGGGUACUAUCUGGAAAUGGUCCGGUGACGCUUUUUGCGCCAAGUGAUACUGCAUUCCAGAACCUUUCCGAGGAGGAUAGGCGAAGAUUUGUAGAAGACAAGCAAGCGUUUUCGGAUCUUCUGAAAAAACAUAUGGUACGUGGAACGUUUUUCUCCAGCGGUAUCCAAGAUGAUUUGGAGAAGAAGAGUGAUAAUGGACAACCAAUAGUUAUUUCCUUGAAUCAAGGCAUCAUGACGGUCAACUCCAUUCCAGUGGCGUAUUCCGACAUCACAGCAACGAACGGCGUCCUUCAUGUUAUCGAUCAAUUCCUAUAAGGGGCCGGAAGCCAUCACCUCAUCUCGAGAGCAUACGUCAUCUCGGUGGAACUUGCUGAUUUGCCAAAUUCGUUGUGUUGUUCUAACUAAUAGCGUGCAUUCAAAGUGUAUGUUGAAUUUUUGUAAGCUCCUAAAUGCCAUUCUCAAUGUUGCUCACGUUUAUGUAAUAAAGAAUAAAAA